CUCACGCCACUAUCGACCCUGACCCGAAUCUUGCCGGUGAGAAAAUGGAGGUUCAAAGCAGCAGCAACAAUGGCGGUCACUCUUCUUUCUCCAGUCUCCGCGUCUACCUCAACUCUCUUUCCGCGACGCCUUCUCGCUUAUCCCGCCGCGCUAUUUCCGUCUCCACUUCUUCCGACGAGAUGAGCCGUGUCAUAGCCGUCUCCGGCGAACAUAUGCGCCGUACUCUCCGGUGGUACGAUCUCAUUGGACUCGGAAUCGGUGGAAUGGUCGGCGCCGGUGUUUUCGUCACCACCGGCCGUGCCAGUCGUCUCGACGCCGGACCUUCAAUCGUCGUCUCUUACGCCAUCGCUGGUCUCUGCGCUCUCCUCUCCGCUUUCUGUUACACUGAAUUCGCCGUUCAUCUCCCCGUCGCCGGCGGCGCCUUCAGUUACAUCCGUAUCACAUUCGGUGAGUUUCCUGCAUUCUUCACCGGAGCGAAUCUUAUAAUGGACUACGUAAUGUCAAACGCCGCCGUUUCGAGAAGCUUCACCGCUUAUUUAGGAACAGCUUUCGGGAUCUCAACAUCCAAGUGGCGAUUCGUCGUCUCCGGUUUACCAAAAGGAUUCAAUGAAGUCGAUCCAGUCGCCGUUCUCGUAGUCCUCGAGAUUCUAAGAAUCUUUCCUCACCGGCGAAUCCAGAGCACCCCUCGGGGUUUUUUUCCGUUCGGCGCGGCGGGUGUUUUCAACGGAGCUGCCAUGGUCUACUUAAGCUACAUAGGAUACGACGCCGUUUCAACCAUGGCGGAAGAAGUAGAAAAUCCCGUUAAAGACAUCCCCGUCGGUGUCUCCGGCUCCGUCGCAAUCGUCACCGUCCUCUACUGUCUCAUGGCCGUCUCCAUGUCAAUGCUUCUCCCAUACGAUAUGAUAGAUCCGGAGGCGCCGUUUUCUGCGGCGUUCAGAGGAUCGAACGGCUGGGAAUGGGUGACGAAAGUGGUGGGGAUAGGAGCAAGCUUUGGGAUAUUAACAUCACUUUUGGUGGCAAUGUUAGGUCAGGCUCGCUACAUGUGUGUCAUCGGACGGUCCAGAGUGGUCCCCUUUUGGUUCGCCAAGAUUCAUCCCAAAACAUCUACGCCAGUCAACGCCUCCACUUUUCUUGGCAUUUUCACGGCGGCUCUUGCGCUUUUCACCGACCUAAACGUCCUUCUAAACCUCGUAUCCAUUGGAACACUAUUUGUCUUCUACAUGGUCGCAAACGCUCUCAUCUUCAGACGUUACGUCCCCGUCGGACCUACCAAGCCAUGGCCCACACUCUGCUUCCUCACACUAUUCUCCAUAACCUCUCUUGUCUUCACCCUCAUCUGGAAACUUGUGCCGGAAGGCAAGCCUAAAGCUUUCAUGCUCGGUGCCAGCGCGGUGGUGGCUAUAGCCAUCGUGCUGAUAUUCCAGUGCGUGGUUCCCCAGGCUAGGAAACCCGAGUUAUGGGGAGUCCCAUUCAUGCCGUGGACCCCGUGCGUGUCGAUUUUCUUGAACAUUUUUUUGCUUGGUUCGUUGGACGCACCCUCUUACGUCCGUUUUGGCUUCUUCUCCGGUUUGAUUGUGCUCGUGUAUUUGCUUUAUGGCGUUCAUGCGAGUUCUGAUGCUGAAGCCAAUGGGUCUUUUGGUGUGAAAGAUGGACAAGUCAUGAAAGAGCUAACCGAAGUGUGAAAAGUAUUUAUUUAGUUUAGUUUUCUAAAACAACUAGCUUAUGUAAUUAAACUCUCUAAUUUCUUUUUCUAAAUGAGGGGGUUUUGAAAUAUUAAUGAAAAAAUAUUAAUUUC